CACCAAAAAAAUCUGCUGCAGGGUGAUACCUUUUCAGCGGUCCAAUUCGUGAAUACAUAAGAAAAGGAAAGUCGAUACCCAUAUCUCUCCAAUUCGUGAAUAAAUACAAAGUGGUGGUAGCUUCAAUUUCAAUCAAUGAAGUAUUCACAGUCCAUGGACGACAAGCAAAUAUCAAUGGAUUAUUCUAUCUCCCAAACCAAACACUGUUUCGACUUCUCCAACACUCCAGAAGAUAGUGAAGAAGAAGAAGAUGACGAUCGAAGCUAUAAUUACCCCCCUUUUCAACCCCUCGGGACUUCACACUCAUACCCUUUUACUCUCAGAAACUGCAACACUAUGGGCCACAUUGAUUCUGUAAAGGUCGGUUGUGAGAAAAUAGGGAUGACAUUAGUUACUGAGAUUGAUCGGACAAUAAAGAAGUACUUUGACGACUUACUACAUGCGGUGGAUGGUCUCAGUGCAAGGCUCUCUCAACUGGAAAGUAAAACUCACCAGGUUGAGAAUGCUGUAGAUGAUCUGAAGGACUCUGCUGAAUAUAAUCAUGGGAUAACAGAUCGAAACUUGAGGCAGCUGGAGAAUAUUCUAGUAGAGGUUGAAGAUGGUAUACUCUUUUUAAAGGAUAAACAAGAAAUAACAGAAACUCAGCUUCGACUUUCAAAACUUCAAGGUUUGAUUCAUAACCGACAAUCAGAAGAACGAAACUGUGUUGUUCAAACUGACUCAGUUCAGCAGAUGAACCAGCCAAUUGCUUUUUCUGGUGCUCCUUCACUAGCUCAUCCUACCCCGUCUCCCAGUGCUCCGAUCCUAACCUAUCAAAAUCCACCACCAGCUGCAGCACCUAUAGCAGCACAGGUUACUAGUCAAAUACCGCAGAACUCAAUUCCUUCCACUCUGGCUGAAUCAUACUACCAACCACUGAGACAAACUUUAGAAUCCACAUAUCAUCAAUUUUAUCAACCAGCCCCUCAACAUCCUCAAGUGUCACAACCACAACAGUUGUCUCAACCUCAUCCUCCUCUUGCAUUUAAUCCUCGAAACCAUCCUCCAUUGGACCAUCAUUUUGAAGAAACACAUUACAUGCCAUCUCAGCCGCCAGGUGGGUUCCCCAGCCAGCAGUUCUUUGUGGAUUCCACUCAACAAAUGCAUGGUCAACCCUUUAGGAGGCCAGGGCCUAACUUGGAUUUCCCUAUGGGGUAUUCCCAGACACCUGGGCCAGCUAAUUUCGGGGAUAUGCAUCCUUAUGUUGGAUCUUCGUCCCAUUAUGGCAACUCAACAAUGGAAAAAUCAAAAGUGCCUCCUCCCCAUUGUAACCUGACUGACGGAAGCAAUUACGCCCGACUCCCAAAAGCCCAGAUAUUACCACAUGCACUGCCAACUGCCUCUAGCAUCGGUAGCGAAUCUGGUUCUGGUGAGAGUGGAGAGAAGGUUCCAAGUGAUGAUAUUAUCGAGAAGGUUACGGCAAUGGGUUUCCGGAGGGAUCAUGUAAAAGCAACGGUGAAGAAACUAAUGGAGAAUGGAAAUUCAGUGGACCUCAAUGUUGUUCUUGAUAAGAUGAUGAGCAAUGGGAAUGUGCAUCAUCAGGAUGGUCGGUUUGGCAGGUGAUACGGUUGUUGCCUCUCAUAUUGGUUUGAAUUGAUGAUGAUUUCUGUACAUAAUGUGAUCUAGUCCUUCCAUGUGCUGCUCUUUUUGGUUGUUAAAUACUCAACGCACAUAAUUUGUAAAUGGUAUCUAUAUCUUGUCGUAUAGUACGUGGUUAUGAAUAAAUUUUGUGUAUCUUCCUAUUCC